CCCCCAGGCGGACAUCCAAUGGUGACGAGUCGCGACGGGAAGUUGUUCCGGCCGGACCGUGUUUCCACGGACACGCAGGAGGUAACUUGUGGCUGAACCGGCGGCACUAACGGACCGGGCGGGACCCUGGCCCGAGUCCUUUCUCAGCUUCUGAAGAAGUCCUCUACCCAGCAGCCAGCCACGGGCCUACAUUCUAGAAGAUGGCAGACGUGUCCAAUGGCGAGUCUUAUACCUCUCCACUGGAGCUGUUCAACAGCAUAGCCGUUCAAGGGGAGCUCGUGAGGGCCCUCAAAGCCAGAAAGGCAUCAAAAGAUGAGAUUGAUUCUGCAGUGAAGAUGUUAUUAUCAUUAAAAAUGAACUAUAAAGCCGCCGUGGGGGAGGAUUACAAGGCUGACUGCCCUCCAGGGAACCCAGUAGCUGGGAAUAAUAGUAGCCCAGAUGCCACAAAAGCCAAUGAGGAUUUUGUGGACCCAUGGACAGUACAGACAAGCAGUGCAAAAGGCAUAGACUACGACAAGCUUAUUGUUCAGUUCGGAAGCAGUAAAAUUGACAAAGAGCUGAUAAACCGAAUAGAGAGAGCCAUCGGCCAGAGACCGCACCACUUCCUGCGCAGAGGCAUCUUCUUCUCACACAGAGACAUGAAUCAAAUCCUCGAUGCCUAUGAAAAUAAGAAACCAUUCUAUCUGUACACGGGCAGGGGCCCCUCUUCUGAAGCAAUGCACGUGGGUCAUCUCGUCCCCUUUAUUUUCACAAAGUGGCUGCAGGAUGUGUUCAGUGUGCCCUUGGUCGUCCAAAUGUCUGAUGAUGAGAAGUACCUGUGGAAAGACCUGAGCCUGGACCAGGCACAUAGCUACACCGUGGAGAAUGUCAAGGACAUCAUCGCCUGCGGCUUUGACAUCAACAAGACAUUCAUCUUCUCUGACCUUGAGUACAUGGGGCAGAGCCCAGGCUUCUACAAGAAUGUGGUGAAGAUUCAGAAGCAUGUCACUUUCAACCAAGUGAAAGGCAUUUUCGGCUUCACCGACAGUGAUUGCAUUGGAAAGAUCAGUUUUCCUGCUGUCCAGGCUGCACCAUCAUUCAGCAACUCCUUCCCACAGAUCUUCCGAGACAGGACGGAUAUCCAGUGCCUCAUCCCAUGUGCCAUUGACCAGGGGGCCCAGACCAAGAUGAGUGCUAGUGACCCCAACUCCUCCAUUUUCCUCACCGACACGGCCAAGCAGAUCAAGACCAAGGUCAACAAGCAUGCAUUUUCUGGAGGAAGAGACACUGUGGAGGAGCACAGACAGUUUGGGGGCAACUGUGAUGUGGACGUGUCUUUCAUGUACUUGACCUUCUUCCUUGAAGAUGAUGACCGGCUGGAGCAGAUCAGAAAGGAUUACACCAGCGGAGCCAUGCUUACCGGGGAGCUCAAGAAGACGCUCAUAGACGUCCUGCAGCCUCUGAUCGCUGAGCACCAGACCCGGCGCAAGGCUGUCACCGAGGAGAUGGUGAAGGAGUUCAUGACUCCCCGGCCGCUGUCCUUCCACUUCCAAUGCUUUUGUUUUGACACUUGACUGAAGUGGAAGUCAGCACAGAGCAGUGUGCUGGCCAUGCCCUGAGCUGGUGGACUGUAGCUAGACAGAAAAUACAACAGCAGCCUCCAGGCCCUGGCGUUUUCCCUGUGGGCUGGCCACAUUGAAUGACCCAACAUGUGCAGUGGUGACAAAACAGAAGCUGUAUCCCAGGGAAAGCCCCUGGUUGAAGUGUCUGUCCUCUACAGAGGGACAAGGUGCGCUCUUGAGUGCUCUGUCCUUGGGCCACUUUCUGGCAAAAAUAAACUUCCUUUUGCUCCUGUCUGCAUCACUGACUGUCCAAUCAGACUGCAGCGGUUGCCACAGCCUUGCUGUAGGUCUAAGCCAUUUAGCACCCACUGCUGAGGGCAACUCCCCCCCACACACACACACACGUGAAAGGAGGGGUUGCUGAAUUCUAUGGGCAACAUUUGAAGAGAAAAUGCACAGUUGGAGAAACCUAGGGCACCAAGAGGCAGGCUCCUGGGGAUCACUUUGUGUCGGGAGUCACUUGGCCUGGGAAGCUGCCCUCCUUUUUCCUGCCCUUACUGGUUUCCCUGGUACUGUCCUGCCUCAUUUGCUGUCUAAUAGGCUGAAGAGAAUGUGUGCAUGUUGUCCUGUUUUCAGUGAGCUAAGUGUUCAAGGCAGUACUGAACGGUGAGUACAGGCUGGGGCAGGGCUGGCAGGGAUGGAUCCAGCUACGGUGUAGCCCUGGCCUCACUCUUACCAUCUGUCCUCAUUUUGCAAGGAGGGAAAGGAGGCUCCAGAGGGGAAUGUCCAAGGCCACACAGUGAAUUUGUUACUGAGCAGUCUGUCCCGACUCUUAGUGUUGAAGGAACUGAGAUUGGCUCCCUGGGAGGCCCAACACCUGGACUCAGGACCCACAAAGGUGCCAGUGUGUGGCAGGAAUCUCAUGGAGGUUCCUCUCCCAGCCCAGCCCUCUGGACUGGCCACCCUCACCAGGCCAACUCCUCACCUGACUGAAUGUGACCAGAGGUGGUGACCCACUCAGAAUGGCCUCGUUCACUGUGCGACCCUGGCUGACCCAGGCCACUUCUUUUUUUGUUUUGUUUUAUUGAAUUUUUGUGUAUUUCAUACAGAAAAUCAUCUUUAUACCCCUUCUCCCCACUUCCCUUUUGGCCUCCCAUACACCGCCUCCCCACUGGAAUUCAUACAUUCUGUCAUUUGUGUUAAAAGCCUAUGAUGUAAAGUUAGUGUCCCCAGA